AUGGGAUAUCUGUUCAGGGUGAGGAUGUCGUCCUUCUUCGCAGGCGCCGCCGUGGCCUCUGGAUUCGGCUUCUAUUUCCUCUACAAGGAUUACAGGAUCGCUCAAGAGGCCAUCUCCCAGCAGGUGAGCUCCCUCCUCCCUCUCUCGAUCUGGAAUCUGUUUUUACCUGGGGUCGGUAGUGAGUUGAUGGUCGAUAUCUUCGGAGAUACCGUAUCCUGUUCUUCCUCUUUUUCCUUCGAAGAAAUUGUUCCGUCUUUUGGUGGAAUUCAGAAGAAUGGCUAACCUCUUCCCCUGAUCUCCAAACUUCGAUCCCUUAUUCGGAUCGAGGUCUAGCCCCUACGCAGUCCGAGCACCCCUGAUGCUGUUGAAAUGUUGCCUUGUUUGAUGUAUUGGCCGCGCAUUUGCCCAAGAUCGCCUAUUUCGUCUCGAAGUUGUCGACAUCUUCCGCGGCGGAUGUUCUUCGUCGUCUUCGUGUUACCUUAUCAUAUCAAUGUUUUUUUCUUUUUUUCCACUAUCGUACAGAAAGAUUUGUCUCGUCUUUCAUGAUUCGCUAGAUUUAGGCCACUUUGAUACCAAGGAUAACGGAAGUUUCUUCAGUUUCAUCGUUCUACCUGUUUGAGAUUCCCCUUUUUAUUUUUCCUUUAGCUCUGCGUUUCCUUCGAUUCCACCGUUAAGUCUGCGAGCUCAAUUUCUCUGAUUGACGUUACCGAGGGAAAUUCUGGUAAUGUUCAAGUGUCCAAGUAUACCAAUUUUUGCACCAUUCAUUCGCUGUUUAUUUUCAUUAUCCUGUAGACGGAUCAACAGCUAAGAGCGGCCAACCUACUGAAUUCUUGUGUUGUGGUUGUCAUGUAUCCAUCACCUGUAGAUUUCGGGACCCUCAAGUCUUUGUGUAGGGAUCAGUUCAUCCGCAUUCAUCUGAAUUUCUAAGUCCCCAGGCAGUGGAUCAUUUGGCAUCAUAGAAUGUGAGAACCAUCGUUGAGAUUGGAGGAAAUGAACAGGAUUGGUAGUAGACAAUCAGCACGGAAGAUGAUCAAGAACUUUACAACAGCAAAUAAACGUAGCCUCUAGGGUUCUUUUAGGAGAUAAGACACUGAUGCAAAGAACAGAUGAGAUAAAAGCUUAACCUGCUUCUACCAAGUCAGUAAAAGAUUAGAAAGCUUCAACCGUUUCUUAGACUUUGACUUUGAGUUUAUCUUUGACUCAAAGUCAAAGAUAGACUCAAAUAUGGAGAAUCUGGAGAUAUGAGGAAUCUAUCUUUGACUUUGAGUAGACUGGCUUACCUAAAAUAUUCCAGCUUCCACGCUCCCCGUUUCUUAGGAUUGAGCACAGAAGCGUGCCUGUAUUGCCAGUGCAAGCUGAUUCUAAAUUAUGAUCGGAGACAGCUUUGCCUCCGCAGAAAGUUCGAUGCUGUCCAUAUUUUCUUGGACCCCUUAUCUGGGUUUCUUCAUGAAAGGAGGUUGCAAUGGUGGGUCUCAAAACCAUGAAUCACUAGGUUUCAAGAACAGUGUUUAGGAGUAGAUCUUCACCUAACUACAUUGGAAUAGAAGAGCACAUAUGCGAGGAUCCUGAUUUGAAACCGUCGCCAUUAAUGGGAAGCUCCGCCUGCACAUUAUGCUUGUCAGGCUUUCAGCUGGGCUUUGCCAUGGUCACAUAAUAUGCAGAGUUCCUCAAAACAAAUGGACAUUUGCUCCUUCUCUAGCGCAGGCAUUUGCAGUUCUUCGAGGUCUGGAAGUCCAUCUAAUCUUCCGGCAGACUCUCGUGGUCUUAAGGCUACACAGUUUGCCCUUUUGAGACGUUCUCAGUCUCCACCCCGUUGGAGUGGGAUGGCGAGUUGACCACUUACUCUACUUCUCCCCCUUGACUUUUUAGGCGAAAAGCGUCUACGAAUCCUUGGACGCUCGCGUGACUGCGCUCGAAAGCUUGAAGAAGGCAGACCCGGUGGCGACCCAUAUGGAAGCUUCGGAGUAG